AUGUGGGACGUUAUUGUUUGGCAAGAGGAAAAAAAGGAUGGGAUAGACUACGUCCCAACAUCCUGGGCAAAUGGUGAGGGGCAGUAUAAAUGGCCGAAAAACUGCUCUAGGCUGCUACUCGAAAAGUUAAUUGAUUCUUGCGACACACUACAAAACAUUAAAUUUAAACUGUAUAAAGCUAUACCAAAAAAAAUAAAAGUUAAAUCACGACAAAAGGCAAAAGAGUACUGCGAGAAAGGACAAAUAACGUCGAACCUGGAAAGCAAUUGUGAAACUGACGAUGAGAGUGCGGUUUCAACAGAUGAAGAACCAUUAAUUAAACGAAAGAAAGAUGCUAAAGCUAAACUUAAGAAACUUGAUGUUCAAAAGCCAACUUCUAUCAAUGAUAUUAAAAUCGCGCUUUCCAAAGCAAGUUCCAACUGUGAAAAGUACAAAUUACUUACAACUUUGCCGUCGGAUUGGAAUGAAAGAAAAAUACACCAAGAGUUCAAUGUUUCCCUCCGAAUGGCUUCAAAUGCGAAAAAAUUAAGACAAACCAGGGGUUACGGAGCUACUCCUAAAAAAAGAACUGGUCGACCAUUAUCAAAUAACGUUGUAGAAGAAGUAGAGAAUAUUUACAUAUCGGAUAAAUGA